CCGCGGGUCUCCCCGCGCCGCCCGACUGCUGCCCGCUCGAGGAGGGCGGGAGGGAGGCCUCAGCCGGCCGGGCCCAGCGCGGUGGGCGUCCCCGAUGGAGAGGAGAAGCUGCGUUCUAUCUCACAGUUGAGCCAGUAAAGAUGAAAUUCAUUUCAAACCUGACAGCGUUCCUAGACCCUGAAGCAAUGAUCAUUUUUGACUCGCAGUGUAUAUGUUGCCCUCGGGGAGGCAGUGGCGUUAGAACUUCAUGAGUGCCCACAGGAAUCCACAUGGGACCUUUCUCUUGCCAAACUACCCUGCUUUCCUCCUCUGGAAAACCGAAUCCCACUCCUCAAGAUCUGUGCCUGAGUUAAAAAAAAAAAAUCAAAGUUCACUUCAGUGGGCCAGUUGGUCAAACAGGAAUGGUGGCUUGAUCUAAUGCAUCAAGCCUUGGUGCCUGCUUCCCUUUGGUCCCUCUGCGAGACGGUUCAUUGUGCAUCAGUCACUUUGAAAGGGAGAUGAGUUAAUUUGCAGUCUGAAGCAUUUUGAUUGUCCCAGAAUUGGAAUCAGUCACCGUUCGCUAUACCAUCGCCCAGUGAGACACUGGUCAGGAACCAGAAGCAAUGGGUGACUGGAGCUUUUUGGGGCGCCUGCUAGAGAAUGCCCAGGAGCAUUCCACGGUCAUCGGCAAGGUGUGGCUGACAGUGCUGUUCAUCUUCAGGAUCCUGGUGCUGGGGGCUGCGGCCGAGGAGGUCUGGGGGGAUGAACAGUCGGACUUCACGUGCAACACGCAGCAGCCCGGUUGUGAGAAUGUGUGCUACGAUGAGGCCUUCCCCAUCUCACACAUCCGCUUCUGGGUGCUGCAGAUCAUCUUUGUAUCCACACCGUCACUCAUCUACCUGGGCCAUGUGCUGCACAUUGUGCGCAUGGAGGAGAAGAAGAAGGAGAAGGAGGAGGAGCUGCUGAAAAAGACCGAUCCGCAGGCCGGGCCUGUGGGCCAGGGAGCUCCCGGCAGCCCCCGUGAGCCACUGCUCGGGAGGGAGGUGGCCGGUGGGGGCAAGGAGAGGCCCCCAGUGCGGGAUGAGUGGGGCAAGGUCCGCAUUGCCGGUGCCCUGCUCCGCACCUACGUCUUCAACAUCGUCUUCAAGACCCUGUUUGAAGUUGGCUUCAUCGUGGGGCAGUACUUCCUGUACGGUUUUGAGUUGAAGCCCCUCUACCGGUGCAGCCGCUGGCCCUGCCCCAACACCGUGGACUGCUUCAUCUCCAGGCCCACCGAGAAGACCAUCUUCAUCGUUUUCAUGCUGGCCGUGGCCUGCGUGUCCCUACUGCUCAACAUGCUGGAGAUCUACCACUUGGGCUGGAAGAAGUUGAAGCAGGGCAUGACCAACCGUUACAGCCCCGACUCCCCCGAGGCCCAGCGGGGACUGGCGAGGCCGGAUCAGCUCACCCCCUUCCUCUUGCCCUCCCAUGCGCCCCCGCCCCCCACCGUGACCAUUGGGUUCCCCCCAUUUUACAGCCAGUCUUCCUCCUCCCUAAGGCAAGCUACCCCCUCGGGCUACCCCGGGGCCCCGGGGCCCCCGACAGAGUUCAAAAUGGCAGGGCUGCCCAAGGAGCGCAGCCGGGCCGCCUCCGCCCAGGCCUUCAGCAGCAACCAGCACAUCCUGACAGCAGAGCAGAACUGGGCCAACCAGGAGGCCGAGCAGCAGACCCUCGAACGGAAGUCCCUCACUGCCCCUGGCGCCCCGUCUUCCCCAAUCAGCACUCAGCAGAACCCCCCGGAGGUGGGGGGAGGAGGUGAGGGUAGCGAGGCUCCCCUGCUGCUGGUAAAUGGCGGGAGCUUGGGAGGUGGCAGCGGUGGCGAGGCCGAGGCCGGGGAGGAGUGGCCUGGGACCACCCGUGUGGAGAUCCACGAGUCCCCGCUGCUCCUCCUGGACCUGAGGCGGCUCAGCAAGGCCAGCAAGGCCAGCAGCUGUCGAGCCAGAUCAGAUGACUUGGCCAUUUAGUGCUCUUCUCUUCAGACACUCAUCUCUGAGGAGAUUCUAAAGGAACAGUUAUUCUCAAAGCAAUCAAUUGCUGCAGGCACGGGGUUAGAAGAGAGAAGGGAGCCCUGGGGGAGGAGA